UCAUCAUGUGACCAAAUCCCAAAGAGUGUACAUGGUUUCCUCCGUAUAAAUGAAAGUCAGUGUUCUUCUGGAAAAUUUGUGGCGAUUAUUUACUGCUUUUCAACCUCUUUCCCCGACACGUAGAUAUUAUUAAUACGAGAAUGGACUCGGAGGACGAUGAUGCGAUCUAUGACGACGAACACGAGGAUAGCUACAACGAAUCAGGCUCCGAGCAAGGCGAUGAAAGCGACUUCGAUAUCGAUUGCGAUGAACCCUCUACUCCAAAGAGACCUCACAUAAAUGACGAUUUCCAUUACGAAUGUCUAACCCCUGAAGCUUUAGUCUGUUAUAUGAACGAUAUUAUCGACGAAGUUAAUAAUGUUUUUCAGCUACCAAGACCAACAGCCAGGAUUCUUCUUAGUCAUUUUAAAUGGGAUAAAGAAAAGCUACUAGAAAGGUACUACAGUGGAGAUCAAGACAGACUCUUCUCCGAAGCACAUAUAGUUAGUCCAAAUAGAACAAACUCCAGACCUGUUUCAAGUAACAGGGUAAACACAAGAUCAUCUUCAGCAUCAACAGACGCAAACUGUGAAAUCUGCUUGACAAUGACACAUACUUCAAUGUUUGUUGGUUUAGAAUGCAGUCAUAGGUUCUGUCCUAGAUGUUGGAAGGAAUACAUUACUACUAAAGUUAUGGAUGAGCAUAUUGGAGAGAACAUUUCUUGUCCUGCUCAUAAGUGUGACAUCCUCGUAGAUGAAGUUUUUGUAGGGCAAGUAGUAAAAGACACUAAAGUAAAGGCACGAUAUCAUCAUCUGAUAGCUAACAGCUUUGUUGAGAGCAACCGAUUGAUGAGUUGGUGUCCAGGGCCUGACUGUCAAAAUGCUGUGAAAGCUAACUACCAUGAUGCUUUACCUGUGACAUGCCUUUGUGGGUACACGUUUUGCUUUGGCUGUGGAGAACCUGUUCACGAGCCUGUGAGAUGUGCUUGGCUUAAAAAGUGGAUAAAGAAGUGCAAUGAUGAUAGUGAAACAUCAAACUGGAUAUCGGCAAACACAAAGGAAUGCCCCAAGUGCCAUGUUACUAUAGAAAAGAAUGGCGGCUGUAAUCACAUGGUUUGUCGCAACAACAAUUGCAAGGCUGACUUUUGUUGGAUGUGCCUGGGGCCUUGGGAACCACAUGGAUCAAGUUGGUACAGUUGUAAUCGUUAUGAUGAGAAAGAUGCCCAGGCAGCCAGAGAUGCCCAAGCUAAAUCACGGCAAGCCUUGGAGCGUUACUUGUUCUACUGUAAUCGCUAUAUGAAUCAUGCCCAGAGUGCCAAAUUUGAAACCAAGUUGUAUGCUCAAGUCAAGCAGAAGAUGGAAGAGAUGCAGCAGCACAACAUGUCAUGGAUUGAGGUUCAGUUUCUUCGAAAGGCCGUAGAUGUUCUGUGUUUGUGCAGAAACACACUGAAAUACACUUACGUGUUCGCUUUCUACCUCAAGAAAAACAACCAGUCCGUCAUCUUUGAGGACAAUCAAAAAGAUCUAGAAAUGGCCACAGAAACUCUGUCUGAGUACCUAGAGCGUGACAUAACGUCCGAGUGUUUAUCAGAUAUAAAACAGAAGGUCCAAGAUAAAUACAGGUACUGCGAAGCGAGACGAAAAGUUCUUUUAGACCACGUAUAUGAGGGCUACGAAACGGACAUAUGGGAAUACAUCGAUUAUGACUAAAGCCCUAGAUUCGUAAGAUAAAAAAAAAGACAUGUAAUGUAAUGUUAGGAUAUAAAAAGGAGUUAACUGGAUCAGAUUACUUACUGUUAUAUAGUUAAAGACGAAGUUCGUAUUUGCAAAUGUUAUUAGAAAAUUACGUAGAAAUGUACAUAAAAUCGAACAAAUUCCUUGGUAGAUUUCUUCCUCUCGUUCCUGUUUGUGGCUCAGUGUUUAUCUACUUCAUGUAAACUGUACUCGUGGCGUACCACCAAGCCAAAACCUAUACUUGACCAUUUCCAGACUCGCUAUUUCCUGAUGUGACGAACACAGUGCAAAGACAAUAUACAUAUAACAAAGAAAUACAUUUGAAAGAAACAAAAUCUUUCAUAUUAAGAUGCGAGUCAGGGAGGCGCUCCCUUACAUAGUAUUCUCGCAAAGUGGAAAGCAGGAAAACCCGGUUUGACCUACCGGACAGUUUCAAUGUUUUAUACUUGUUAAUCGAAAGUCUUUUUGACAGUUUUUAAGACGGUGUGAACAUGUGCAGUCGCGUAAAUCAUGUGUUGUAUUUCUGUGGUAAACGAGUUUUAGCAAGACUGAGAAAGCGCUUAUGUUUUUUCCGAGUGUCUUUUUAACAGGUGAUUAAUUGAUUGAUUUGUUGUCGAUCAAGUUACAGCACAAAGCUGCGCACCUGUAUUCCGAUUGAACUGUGGCUUUAAGCGGCAAGGAAAGCUGCGUAUUGUUGAACAAACAGCAAAGUAAGAAUCGAGCGGUAAGAUGUAUUUGUUGUGCUCUGGGAAUAUAUUUGUUUCAGUAAAAUUCGCACAUCGUAGCUAUCACUGAGUUGAAGCUGCACUGAUUUAGAAAAGGCCUGAUGCUAUCAUAUACAGGAUAGAUUACUGAUACCUUAGCGACGUCUGACGGUUCACCGUGUUUCCUCCAUGUCUAGGAUGGAAACAUGUUUUCCUUAAUGUUGACUACUCUCUUGUCAACCUGAUGUGUGUUUCCACGUUUCUUUUAACUUACUUUUUGAAAUGCUGUUGCUGUAAAUAAACUCAGUUAUUAAAUUGU